AUGUCCUCUCAGCUGGAAGAAGGCCUGCAGCAGGAGACCACAGCAAAACCUGAAGCACCCCAAUCUGAAGAAGUUGUUGACGUGACAAGUCCUGACGGAUGCGCCGGGCAGCACGGAAGCCCCGGGGACGGAGGACAGAAUAAAGUGACCCCGUCAUCAGAGCGCCAGCAGCAGAAACCACGCAAGAUGACGCGGAGCCCCAAAUGCGCCCGCUGUCGGAACCACGGCGUCGUGUCGUGUCUGAAAGGCCACAAGCGCUUCUGCCGCUGGAGGGACUGUCGCUGUGCCUGCUGCCUGCUGGUGGUGGAGCGGCAGCGCGUCAUGGCAGCGCAGGUCGCGCUGAGGCGGCAGCAAGCAGCGGAGGGCAAGAAGGGGGUCAGGUGUGCAGCUCCGUUGCGGAGGACAGCGUAUCAGCGUUACAGCAGAGCAGCCGAGCCAAGCGUCCUAGCUAAGAGCAUCCUGCAGGGGCUGAAACCGGUGGUGCCUCUGGAGGAGGACACCUCCUGCUGGAUUAAGCCGACGCAGCGCGAUCAAACACACUUCACGUGCCCCUCCAUCAGCGCCCGGAUGAGGAAGAGGCGAGCCUUCGCAGACAAGGAGCUGGAGAACGUGAUGCUGGAGCGAGAGCUGAGACAGAGAGAGCUGCAGGGUGACCUCUCCUUCCCCUCCACAGCCCUCGUCCCCGUGCUUCACCCUCCACACUUGUCCGUCUCACCUAGCCUCCACUGCUGCCCUCUCAACAAGGACCCCAGUGCUGCAGGGGCAUCCAGCUAUGUGCCUGUGUAUAAAUAUAAGCCUCUGUACGAGUGUGACCUCCAGUUCUAUCAGUUCUUCCAUCUGAAGAGCAGAUCGUCCACAGAGGGCAACUAUAAUGACCUUUUAUGCCGAAACUCAGAGCAAGCCAGGGGGGACGAGGAGGUGCAGAGCGGAUGGAAAAUCUGCGAGAAGAAAGACAGACCAGAGCUGAUGCCUCUACCAUCACAGCAUGGACUCAAAAAUCAUGGCGGCACAGGUCUGUCAGGUCUAGAACUUGUCAAACCCCCCUCAAAGCCAACAGAAAUAAUGGACUCAAAUGGCUCUUCAUCCAUCACACACUCUGUUUUUAGAUCAGAUCAGCCUAUCCUGGGCGCAUCAGGCGUCAGCGCAACCAGCAGGACUUUUGAUCCCAGACCUCUGACAGCUAAAGGCUGGAGCGCAGACACUCCUGCCGCCCAGGCAGGUCCUCAUGCUGACUCUGUCAAGAGCCCUCACGGCAGCUCAGUCAGGACUCCCGCUGUGAGGCCAUUACCUUUCUCUGUGGAGGCACUGCUGAGAGCCUGACAGGCAAAUGGAAAGAGCACUUUGUUUAUGUGUGGACCAAGAAUUGAGGUUGAGGGUAUAAAUAUAAAAAUGGCUAGUUCUGUUACAGGUUUUCAAACGCUUUUCUUGAGCUGGAUGCUUUAAAGUGGCAAAAGGUGAAAUAUUUAAAAAACAUUUUCCAGUUUGUAGGCAUUUUUUUUUUCUUAUUAUU